AUGUUGUUCUCGAAAUUUGGGCGCACUGCCCUUGCUGCAGUUGCGCUGGCCACUCCCUCUUUCGCCGCAGACACCUCAGACAAGACCGACCUUGGACAGUCAACCUUUGUCGCCCCCGAAAACAACGUGGCCUUCGGCUUCACGGUCCCAGAGAACAGCGGCGAAGAUGUCUUCAUCACCAUCCGCGCCCCGAUCGACAGACAGUGGGCGGCCAUCGGUCUCGGCCAGACCCAGAUGGCGGGCAGCUUGAUCCUGAUGAUCUACCGCGACGAGACGGGAAACAACGUCACCUUCUCCCCGCGCGUUGCCUACGGAAAUUACGAGCCCUCAUACUACGACCACGUCACCUGGGAUGUCCUCCCUGGCACCGGCGUUUUCAACGGUUCAAUGUACUUCAGCGCGCGGUGCACCGCACACUGCAGGAACUGGCCGGGUGGUUAUGUCGAUGUGUCAAGUGAGACGCAAAAGGCCAUCUAUGCCGUGGGACCCCAGGGAGGCUUCUUCUCGAGCAAGAUCGACUCGUCGGUCAAGUUUCAUGAAGAGUUUGGCCGAUUUACCAUCAACAUGAAGCGCACGAUUGGUCCGGGAGACGCUCCCGCUCUCAAGGAUGAUGCGGUCAACGAGGGAACGGCGCAAAUCGACGCCUAUGACGGAAAGCGGGAUCUGAAGUCCAUCUUCCAUGCACUGAUGAUGGUCGGCGCCUUGGUCUUCCUGAUGCCCGUCGGCGUGGUGCUUCUGCGUUUGGGCGACAAGGUGAGGUGGCAUGGCCUGAACCAGGGUGUAGCACUGCUGCUCGUCAUCAUUGGCUUCGUUUUGGGUGUCCUGACCAGCUUCUGGUACAACCGUUCUCGCGGCUUCACCUCUGCGCACCAGAUUAUUGGUUUGAUAGUUGUCGGUUUCUGCUUUGGUCAAUUUGCCCUUGGCUUCCUGCACCACUCCCAUUUCAAGAAGACGGGCGAAACAACGACCAUGAAGCCGAUUCACGUAUGGCUGGGCCGUAUCAUAAUCGGUCUCGGCACCUUCAAUGCCUUCCUUGGCUUCUCCUUCGCGCUGAACCGCAAGUUUAACUACUUCCUUGCCGGUCUGAUCCUCCUGCUCAUCGCCAUCUCCAUCUUCUUCACCUUCGGCCGGACGUGGAGGCGCCGUCGUAACGGCGUCUCAAAGUUCGGAAGAGAACCGGGCGGCUACAACCCGGAGCCGUGGCGACAGACCCCCACGCACGGCGGCUACUCGUACGCGGGCGCUCCGCCUGCCUACCAGCCGCCGUCACACCAGAACAUUGGCCUGACGAGCAUGGUCGCGGACCCGGCGCAGCCGACUAAGGAGCGAAGCAACAGCCGCGAUUAUCGGGCGAACGAGCUUGGCUCAGCCCACCAGCCUCGAGAGAUGGUGUAA